AUGUUCUCUCCAUGUAUAGCAAGGAGAUACUCGCAAGGGAGGAGGAAUUUUGGAGUGGACAGAGAUCAGGAUUUCGCUGCAGAUAUAGUUCCGAGAAGACCCGGUGUUCCUUUUGACAAUAGAGUGAAGAAAGGUCCAUACAAGGGAUCGAGGAAUUUGGUCUGGACGUCAAAAGAGUUCCAAGCAUCAGAAGGCAACAGGCCAAGGAAGAAUGACGCCUAUGUGUCGAUGAACUCGCCAGUUUCGGGGAACCAGCCAACAAGGAGGAAGAAUGUUGUGUAUGGGUCAAGGAGCUUGUCUAUUUCAAGCAAUAGAGUUUGGAGGAGGUCGGGGGAUAGUGGCAGUCCUAAGUCUAGGGAACGUGUAUGCAAAUAUUGGAUAUCUGGAAAUUGCAAAAAGGGUGAGGAAUGCCAGUUCUUACACUCUUGGUGUUGUUUCCCUGGGUUGGUGAUGGUAGCUGCUCUUGAAGGACACAGGAAGGAUAUAAAGGGGAUCGCCCUCCCUGAGGGUUCAGAUAAACUCUAUUCAGUCAGUAGCGAUGGUGCUUUGAGAAUCUGGGACUGCCAUACUGGUCAGUGUGUACAUGAGAUCAACCUCCAAGCAGAAGCAGGGUCUUUAACUAGUGAAGGGUCAUGGGUUUUCCUUGGCUUGCCAAAUGCUCUAAAGGCGUUUAAUGUCCAGACCUGCAAAGAUUUGCAUCUCAGUGGUCCGGUAGGUCAGGUGAAUUCAAUAGUUGCUGGAAACGGGAUGCUUUUUGCUGGGACAAGUUCUGGUAGCAUAUCAGUUUGGAAAGCUACUGACACCGAGACUGAUCCUUUUAAACAUCUCACAACUCUCGAGGGACAUAGUGGUGAAGUAAAGUGUUUGAUUGUUGGAGGUCAGACACUAUACUCCGGUUCUGUGGAUAGAACAAUAAAGGUGUGGGAUCUUAAGACACUGCAAUGUAUAACGACACUGACGGAGCAUAACGACACAGUCACGUCGCUUUUAUGUUGGGAGCAAUAUCUGUUAUCGUCUUCACUGGAUGGGACCAUAAAAGUCUGGGGCUCUUUGGAAAGUGGCAACCUGAAAGUUAUCCAUACUCGCAGAGAAGAACAUAGUGUGUAUGCUCUUUGUGGAUUACACGACGCAGAGGCCAAGCCGAUUAUAUUCUGCUCUUAUUUAAACGGAACAGUCGGCAUAUACGAUCUACCAUCUUAUGAAGAAAGAGGGAAGAUGUUCUCCACGCAUACGAUCGGGACACUUACAAUUGGUCCUCAAGGGUUGUUAUUCAGUGGAGACAAGAGUGGGAAGUUGCGUGUAUGGAACUUUGGAGGCAGCAAAGUGUAG